AUGCCGACCAGCUCGAGUUCGGCAGGAGGAGACGCGCCAGGCGGUGGGAAGGAGUAUCCUCGAACCGCGUCGUCUUAUCGCCUUUUAGAGGAGAUCGGCCAUGGUAUCAGCGCGGUGGUCUUUAAAGCCAUAUGCAUUCCGUUCAAGGAGAUCGUCGCGAUUAAGCGGCUCGACUUGGAGCAAUGCAACAGUAGCCUUGAGGACAUCCGGCGGGAGGCGCAGACGAUGACGAUGAUCGGGCACCCGAACCUGGUGCGCGCGUACUGCUCGUUCGUGGGCGAGCAGUACCUCUGGGUGGUCAUGCCCUUCAUGGACGGCGGAUCGUGCCUGCACAUCAUGAAGUCGUGCCACAUGGACGGCCUGGAUGAGCCCAUCAUCGCCACGGUGCUGCGCGAGACGCUCAAGGGCCUGGAUUACCUGCACCGCAACGGUCAUAUCCAUCGCGAUGUGAAGGCGGGCAACAUUCUGAUCGACGCGGUGGGGAACGUGCGACUGGCGGACUUCGGCGUGUCCGCGUGCAUGUUCGACACGGGCGACCGCCUCUUGUCGCGCAAGACCUUCGUCGGCACGCCCUGCUGGAUGGCACCCGAGGUGCUGGAGCAGCUGCACGGAUACGACUACAAGGCGGACAUAUGGUCGCUGGGCAUCACGGCUCUGGAGCUAGCGCACGGCCACGCGCCUUUCUCUAAGUACCCGCCCAUGAAGGUGCGCACGCCCCUCCCCCUUCCCUUCCCCCUUCUCCUCCCCAUUCCCCUCCCCCUUCCCCUCCCCCUUCCCCUCCCCCUUCCCCCCCCCCCUUCCCUUCCCGUUCCCCUCCCCCUACCCCUCCCCUCCUCCUUCCCCUUUUCCUUCCCCUCCUGCUUCCCUUUGCCCUCCGCUCCCCCUCCACCUCGUUUUGUCCCGCUCAUACACCUGCACGUACCGCCCAAUCCCCAUUUCCACCGCUUUGACUUGCACCAUAACUUCCUUCUCCACCUUCCACUCGCUCCACUCCCCCCUCCAACUCUCCCCCCUUUCCUGCUCCCCCCCUGUCCACGCCCUCCCUCCUGUUCCGUCCUCUCCCUCUUCCCCUCGCGUCCUCCUCACCUUUUAACCCUUUUCUUCCCCACACAUCCUCAACUGUGGCGUGUCUCGUUCAAGGAGAUCAUAGCCAUGUGUCUGGUGAAGGAGCCGUCCAAGCGCCCCACAGCGGAGAAGCUCAUGAAGCACGCCUUCUUCAAGCAGGCGCGCGACGCCGACUACGUUUACCACCACCUGCUGCACGGUCUGCCCACGCUGGGCGAGCGAGUGCAGAUGCUCAAGGAGAAGGAGCUGGCGCGCCUGGCAGCCAACAAGGACCCCAUGAAUGUGCAGGAGGAGCGCUCGCAGAGUCAAUACCGCCUGGGCGUCAGCGGGUGGAGCUUCAAUGUGCAACAACUCAAACAUGAAGCAUCCACGAUCUGGGACCCGGACGAGCAGCCGCCUACUAUUCCCGAGAACGAGCUGCUGCUGCUCCCAGGGGGCUCCGCGCCAAGCUCUGCAGGGCCUUCGUCUCGCAGGGGGAGUGAUAACGCGGAGGAGGGCGGGAAGCAGGGAGCAGGGGCGGGAGCAGGGGCAAAGGCACCGCCUCAGGGACAGGCACAGGGACAAGGGCAGGGACAGGGACCGGUGAAGAUUCAGGGGCAGGUCCAAGCGCAGAGGGCGGAGUCUGGGCGGGAGAGAAGGGAGCUGGGUGAUCAGCAGCAACGGAAUGAGGCUCGGCGUGAGGAUCGGCAUGAGAGCCGUGAGCGGGCGAUGUCGCAGCAGCAGGCUGUGCAGCAGCAGCAGCAGCAGCAGCAGCAGCAGCAGCAGCAGCUGCAGCAGCAGCAGCAGCAGCAGCAGCAGCAGCAGCAGCAGCAGCAGAGGCAGGAGAUGCAGGAGAAGCAGGAGAAGCAGGAGAAGCAGGAGAAGCAGGAGAAGCAGGAGAAGCAGGAGAGACAGGAGAGGCAUGAGAAGAUUUUUUCGGACAGUGAGGGAGGGGUGGUGAAGGUUACGGGAAGGGGAUCCGAGGAGAAGCAGGCAGGGAGGGUUGGAGAGGGGGAUGGCGUGAGGGAGAAGAAGGUGGGGGAGGAGCGAAAGGCGAAGGAGGGAAUGGGAAUGCCUGAUGAUGGUAAGCACGAGGAGCAUUUACAUCAGGAGCGGCAGCAGCACCAGGAGCAGGUGGAGCAAGAGCGUAGACGUGUGAGUGGGGAGAAAGAAGGGGUCGGACAGAUGGUGGGGAGUGCUGGGGACGCAGAGGGAAGGCGUGGGAGUGAGGAGGUGGAGGCAGGGAAGCAGAGUCAGGCGGAGAGGGAGAGAGAUGAUGGAAUGGGGGUUGGAACGAGGAGGGAUGAGGAGGAGAGGGUUGUUGACACUGGGAAGCAGCAGCAGCAGGAGCAGGAGGUGGUGGGGCGAGAGAGAGCUGAUGCAUUUGUGGGCUCGGAGGGGAGGGGAAGCAGGGAGGAGUGGAGGUUAGGGGAGGAGCGCGGAGGGAAAGGGCAGGAGCAAGUUGAUUGGAGGGAAGGAGCUGUGGCAGGUGCCGACUUUGCUCCCUUAGCUCAACGGGACAGAGUAGUGGAAGAGCGUCAGCUGCACGCUCAGCAGCAGCAGCAGCAGCAGCAGCAGCAGCAGCAGUUGCAGAGGAAGAAGCAGGACCUUGCAAUGCUCAUGGAUCGGGAUUCAGACAAGGAAGCAGCAGCUGUGCGGCUGAGGGAAGCGGACGAGGCAGCACACGCACGCGCAACAGCACGAGAGGGCGGGCCUAGAGGGAGUAACGAGGCGGAUAGUACCGGGGACGGACGCGAGCGGGAGGGGUCUGGUGGUGCAGGGGUGUUGGAUCAGCAGUCAGGAGGGACAAGGCAGAGUGUGGGUGCGAGGCAGGAGGGAGGGUUAGGUGGUGUGGGUGCGGGUGAGUUUUACGCAGCCCAUAGGGAUGAGCUGUGGGACUGGCAGCAGCAGCAGCAGCAGUGGGAGUGGCAGCAGCAGGAGUGGCAUUGGCAGCAGCAGCAGCAGCGGCAGCGGCAGCAGCAGCUGGCACUCCAGGACCCAGCAGCAACGGCAGCGGUCAUUGCAGCAGCAGCAGCCGCAGCAGCAGCAGGGGGAGGGCCUAGGGCCGGCGUGGGAGGAACAAGCACGUCGUGGGAGGGGGAGGUUCCGCCGGCACAUGCAGGAUCGAGCUGGUUGGCUUGGCAGGCUAUGCAGGCAGGGCAGCAUAUGGAAGGGGUGCCGGCGACAGUGUCCGCUGCGCGGGUGGAGGGAGCAGAAGCAGCGCUGGUAGAGCAAUGGAGGCACGCUCAGGCUGUGGCUAUAGCAGCUGCUGCUGCAUCGGACGGGCAUGGGGGAAUCCUUCCCCCACGCACGUCCCCUACUGCUACUGCUGCUGCCGGUACUGCCGGUACUGCCGCAGCUGCUGGUGCUGCUGCUGCUCCUGCUUCUGCUGCUGCUCCUGCUGGUGCCACCGCUGUGGCUGCUGCUGCUGCUGCUGCUGCUGCUGCUGCGACAGGGGCAUUGGUUUCUGCUGCCCCUGGUGCCGCAGCGCCUGCUGUGUCUGCUGAGGCUGGGUCUGGUACACAAGAUGGCGGAACAGAGCUUGAGCCGUCACUCUCGAGUGAGCAACCGCCAUCGCUGAACGACACAUCACGCCUGGACUACCAUCCGGGCAGGUGGAAUGCGUCCAUGCCGCUGAACCGGUUCGGAGAGCCCAUGAUGGAUCCCACCACGUCGCUGCUGCUCGCCUCCUCCCUGCACCCCCACGCCUCGCACGGCGCACGCUCCGCACUCCUGCACUCCCUGCACUCGCUGCCGCUCCCAGACAAGGCAGGCCCGAGGCACUCUCUGGAGGACGCGGGGUCGCAGGGCCAAAUGGACCCGCGGUACUCCAGCUCCUCCUAUGACCUCGAAUCCACCGAGGGCGGGUCGCUGCCCCCCACGCCCCUGGCAGUGCAUGACAUGCGUCACGUGGUGGUGGAAACACCUUUUGCAGGCAUCAUGCUGCACCUCGGUUCGCUGCUGCGCCAGGCCACCGAGCAACAGGAGGUGAUCUACAGCCUGCUUCACUUCCUCUCCCCUGGCUAUGGCGAUACAGGUGUCAUUGCACCUGAAUCCGUUCCCGAGAUAUCAGAAUCCUCUUCAGCGGCUGAGGCUGCCACUGGGACAAGAGAGAGCAGGGAGGGGGAAGGGCAGAGGUAUGGUUCUGGCGAUGGCACUGCAGCUGGGGGGAGUGAUACAGGCAAGGGAGGGCGAGGCGAAGGCGAAAGGAGAGAAUCAGGUUCAAGUGAGGAGGGCGUGGGGGUGGCUGAUGCAGCAGCGAGAGUCGGAGGAGAGAGAAAAGGGGAAAGUGGAAAGCGGGUGGAUGGGCGGGUGGUUGAUAGGGGUGAGGAGAAGGGGGAGGAGGGGAGCGAGAGGGGAAUGGAAGAGGAGGGUGAGGGCAAAGCGGCGGAUGGGGAGGGGGAGAAUGAAGGGGACGAUGGGAGAUUCGUAGCUGCUGCGUCGUCCAGGGAUAGCCUCGGCUCGUAUGACGACUCUAUUGUGGAGGUGGCAGCGGACAGGGAGAAGGACCUGAGCCAGCAGGUGGGGGAGCUGGACUCGCGGAUCGUCUUCCUGCAGAACGAACUCGCUGCUCUUAGGAAUCAGAAUGCCCAGCUGGAGCGGCAGCUGAAUGCGUUUUACAACGAGGAAGAGGCCGACGAGGGCGACAACAUGAGUGACGACGACAACUCGCGCAAUGGAGACGACGACGAUGACGACGACGACUCGCACAUGGAUGCCUGA